AACAAGCAUUGGGGUAGAGAUCGGUUCCUUACUUCAACUGAGUCCUGUUGAUUCCCGCCUGCCAUCCAUCCAAAGGAUCCCUUUCUCAUAUAUCUAUCCCUUUCUCCUUGGGUCAAGCACCCCUUGGCCUUUCCUCCUCGAGUCAAAUCUCUUACCUACGCUCGUCCUUCCCCGCUUAACUCUGUCAGUCAGGACCGACUCAGACAUUGCUGCGUUUCGUCCCUGAGCUUGCCAUAAACUGCUCUGCUCCUUAUCCUUUCCCAGAGCCAUUGUUCUUGCCACGAACAUCACACAGUUCCAACCCUCCAUUCCAUCACAGCUCCAAUGGGUGUGACGAGGACAACGCGCGUCCAGGGCACCGGGCCACAACCUGCUCGUGGCCAGAAGGUGACAAUUGCAUAUACCGGCUGGCUGAAAGACACGAGCAAGCCAGACAACAAGGGAGAAGAAUUCGACUCUUCCAGCAGCCGAGGCGACUUUGUCACGGAGAUCGGAAUCGGGAGACUCAUCAGGGGCUGGGACGAGGCAGUCCUCGAAAUGAAGGUCGGCGAACAAGCCACUCUCGACAUCACCAGUGAUUAUGCCUACGGAGAGAAGGGCUUCCACGGCCACAUCCCUCCCAACGCAGAUCUGAUUUUCGACGUGCAUCUCAAAGCCAUCCAAUGAGCCCUCGGCUCAGUUUUGCGCUUUUCUUAACGGACCCUGUCCAAACGGCUUUCUGGUCUGGUUCUAUGUGAUGUAUGCGUGUGGUUCCUCACGGUUGCGUGUUUGUGGAAUAGGCAUCUUCAUGAGCCCACGAUUGCAUGCUUUUAUGCGGGGAUGGAAUAGGUGCCCGGGUAACGCUGCGUACAUUGGUUGUUUCUACCAUGAUCAAAUGGCCUUCGAUAUCUCCU